GAACACAUAACAUUGCGUUAACUUUGCCAUCCCUCGCAAUCUGCAAUCACUGCGUCUGUCGCAAUGGCUACCCUACUGUCACUACCUCUUGAGCUGCUAGUGUACAUCUCCUCUUUUGUCUCAACCUCCGAUCUCGCAGCUCUUCGCCUCGCCUGCAAACAAACGGAGAAAUCACUCUAUGAAUGGUUUUCAGAAGAGUUCUUCGUCAAGAAGCAAUUUAUGCUCACUCAGCCGAGCUUGCAGGUGUUGCUUGACAUCUCCCGACAUGUCAGCCUUUCGAAGAAGCUGAAGCAUCUUAUUAUCGCCACCAAUGUGUAUGAUGACAUCCCCAUUCGUUUCAGAGAUAGCGAAGCAUGCAGCAGCUACAUGCAGGGCUAUGCUGAUCAACAAGCGCUGCUAAACAACGGCAUCGACCGCGAAAUGUUGACCGAGGCUUUCAAAGGCUUAAGCAACCUGGAGACAGUUGAUGUUCGUGACUUCUGCGCCAAGCGUGAGCGUGAUGGGACCUUCUGGGCUUCAUGGGGUGCUACUACCGUCUAUCAGCAGACUGGUGUCCGUGUACGAGAGUCCUACCGUGGGACAGGCUCCCAAUCGCGGUUUGUGUCCCACGUCUUCUCUAACCUCUUGUACUCUAUGGGCGUUGCCGGACGAACACCACCCAGAUUCGAAGUUCUCCUGCGCCAGCAACCCGCAGGUCUCCCAGAUGGCGCUUUCCACCUCGCCAACUUUACCUUCCCGGCGAUUCAGCCGGUCCUGCAAAACCUCAAGGAGCUCUUCCUGACGCUGAACCUGUCCGACUUGUCAACACACACUCAUCAUACUUACAACGGAGGCAUGCCCGUACGCACGACGGCCGGCCGGUCUCUACGCCAUUUCUUGAGCUGCACACCAAACCUGACGUAUUUGCGCUUGAACUUCCAGAAAUUUCACGUCGCCGAUAACAUGGACUUUAUGAAUUGGCUUGCUGCUUCUCCUAUCUCUACGCCUGUACCACCAAGCCCUACGAAGAUCACCAUGGAAGAGCCAUCACCCGUGAAUCUUCCUCACCUCAAAGCCCUAGACCUCGGACAGUUGGACGUCAACAGAGACACCCUGCUUGCCGUGCUCUCUAGGUUUGCUCCUAAGCUUGAGCGCCUUAGCCUCUGGCGCAUGACGAUCGAAGCAGGGCCGCCAGGACCCUACGACACGAAGCCGAACAUAUGGUCACAAUUCUUCAGAGGCUUAGGUGCUAUAUCUAAGCUCGAGCUAGCCUACCUGAAGGUUGGCGCGCUUUCGCAGAGUCGCCACACAGCGCAGUUCAGGACUGAGGUUGGCGGCAAGGAGCAGUCUGAGAUGAUGAGGGAGUGCUCCGGGAAGAAUGUGAAGAAGUUCAUCAGGAGUCUAGCGGACGAGGUGUACGUAGAGUGGCCGCCGGAGAUCGAUAUGGACAGUGACGCGAUCAACUCAGAUGAAGAUGAAGACAUGUAUGUGGACGAGAAUGAUGAGGAGGAAGAGCAAGACGAGGACGAAGACGAGGACGAUGAGUAGCUGAUGACCAGUCACGAUUAGCGUGCACCUCGACAACAUAAUGGACAGAGUUUGGCUGUCU